UGUGACAGCGAUGUGUUUAUAGUUCAAAUGUAUGCUUUUGUGUAAAUUAACGUCUGCGUUUGAAUUUCAAACUCUGUUCUGCCUUGUCCAAUGACUAAUCGGCUAUCUGAUUCUUGCGGGAGCAGCCAUUUUACAGACGUUUAUAGUGAGUGCGCGCGCUCCAUCUGUCCGGCCCGCGAAUGAAGCUGUGGAUGACGUCUGCCAACAUUUCUAACUACUGAGGCACUGUGGUAAGUUUAGUGAAAAGUUCGUUUACUUUGUACUUUAAACGCUUUAUCAUACAAGCACCUGCAAAAAGGGAGAGGAUAUUAUUUGGGGUGUUGCACGGUCGUCGAAAUAAUAAUGAGUGGCACAAUGCAAAGGUAACUCGGCUCCUUGUCUUAUCGUCUAACUAACGUAAAGCUGAAAAAAAAAACAUUUUUUGUUCGAAGUCUAAAGAUGAUUAACCACGUGUAAUUUUUGCAACAAAACCUUCGAGACACUGAGAGGCUAUGUGUUGCAUUGUAAAGUUCAUAGUAACGAACUCCUAUUGAUUUUUCAAUUAUGUUAGUGCUGGCUGUAAGCGAACAUUUUGCUCUUACGCUGCAUUUAAAGCACAUUUCACAAUGAGUCUGCAUCAACCGUUAGUGCUAAAGCAGUUGCAGAUUUUAAAUUUCUAAAUUUCGUUGUGUGACCUCACGUUUAACACGGCUGAAGAUUUAAUGCCACUUAAAAGCGCAUAUAGCAGAAGGCCGACCUGUGGCUUUUCCAGUAACGGGUUGCAAAAAUACUUUUACAAUUAAAUCGUCUUUCACAUCUCACAUGUCCAGGAAGCAUAGAGCUGCCUCAAAUAAUACUGUAAGUGACAUUUACAGGAAAACUGUUUCUCAGUCGUCCACUGUCAUGAAUGUGUUGUUUCAAAUGAUGUAACAACACCUGAAACUACUGAAUUAUACUGAAUAGAGCUGUUUGUGGAUUUAAAAGAUUUGGAGGAAAAUGGAAUAGCUGUAGGUGGUAACGUAGUUAAAGGUGCACUGUAUUGUAUUGCUGGUGGUGAUAAUUUGCGUUCACAUGCCAUUGGUGGGUUUACUGAAAAUUUCAGUAUUGUGCUCAGUAUUUUUGCAGGUAUUGUGAAAUAACAAGAAAUGAAUUUCAGAGUGAUAACCCAAAUGUUUGUGGUCCACAGCGCACCCGUGAAACUUAUGAUUCUGCUGUUCAUGAUUUACGAUCUUAAGACAGUCAAGACAUCAAAGAAAUAAAGGCCAGACACCAGAAACAAGCAGCUCACCACAACCUUCCACAGCCUUGCAUAGUUCACCUGCAAGUUCUCAAUCAUCCUCCACCAGCAUCUCCCAAAGCCCAGAUGUAGACUGGGUGGAUACGUUUCUGAUACCAUGGGAUAAAUUUCCUCAGGAACUAAUGCAAUUUUUGGAGAGAGGAAAACGACCAAGUCCACGAAUGAGAAGAGAGAUGGUCCGGAUUGUGGUAAACGAGAUGAUGCGAAAAUGUUCAUGCCCAAAUAAAAGGAAUUCUACUGAAGUUGCCAAAAAGAUGGUAGCAAAGUAUCCAGAGUCUCUCCUGGAUGUAAUAGAGGGGGAUGUGGUUGGGCCAGGGUACCAUUCUUUAGUGAAGCAAUUGCAGUAUAGGAUUGAAAAUGUGAAGCGAUCUACAACACCCAAAAUAAGAAAACGAAGACAUCAGACUGAUGACUCUGACACGGAUGAAAUUCCUCCAGAAAAGAGGGCAGCAAUUCAGGAUACAUAUGGAUGCAUUAACUGGCAUGUAAAAUUCCUGCCACUGGGAGAGACCUCUGAAAGCCAGGAGGAAAAGAAAGAGAAAAUGAAGAUAAUGUCUCGUCAAACUGAUGCAGAUGCAGAAGAAGUCAGACAUCUAAUGAAAUUGACUUUCUACACACAACGUAACCAAGUAAAUCAGGGCAAGAAUAUAAAAUGUCUCCUGGAGGAUUGGCCAUGGUGGUUUAAUGAGCUUGGCAUGGCAGUUCACUACAAGGAGCUUACCGGAAUUGGUCUUAAUGAAACUUUCACCCGGAAUCUGGACUUGAAGGGGAAACGACUCCUAAACUACUUCAGUACAGUUGGUGUGAACAAAAACAAAAAGUUCCUGCAGGACUUAACAAAGUUUAAAGUGAUGAGGGGAGAGCUAAGUGGUUGCUCUGAAGAUGUGAAAGAGAUGUUGAUGCUUUUGCUUUCCUACUUCAAUGAGAAGGAAGAUGCUAUGUUCUGUCAUGUGGAGGACACAUGCCUCGCAGAAGAGGUAGAGAUGGACAAAGUUAAUUUGACCCCAACACUUGUUGUGUGUGGCCAAUCCUGCUUUUCAUCGAAGCGUUUCAUGCUGUGUGUGGAUCGAACUGUUGUACAUGACAACAUCCCCUCCUUCAUUUCCGCCCUGUGCAUGAUGUUUGGGAGCUAUUAUUGCUUCAACAUCCAUUACCCAUCAGAGCUGGCAUCAACCUUGGAGUUUUUGCAGAGGUGUUUCUUCUCUAUCAACCCAGAGAAAGGCACUAAAGUGGAGAAGACAAACACAGCCCGUCUUCAUGUGAACCCAAGAGUUCUUACCUUGAUUCAGGAACUUUCCGAUCAUGAAUGGCGUGAUGUCUAAAUACGGACUGAAGUCAGUCAGGUUUGGACAUACAGUGAAUGCCAGUUUCUCAGGUUUGUUUGAUCUGCCAUGCUUAAUGUAUGUGUUAUUACACAACUGUUAGAGUUUUUAUUGCUCUAGUGUUUUCUGAAUUAAGUUAUUCCUGAAUUGUUGGUUUGUAUUGAAUAUUUGUUUAUAAAACAAUUGUUAAAUGUUCUUAACCCGAUUUAAGAGAAAAGUUGGUAGCACUUUAUAAUAACUACACACUAUGAACCAUUUAUUAAGCAUUAAUAAAUAUAAUGGAUUAAUUUACUGUUGAGCAUUAACUCUACAUUAAUAAACAUUAGUAGACAGUUUAUAAUAAUGGCUAAAAAUGUUGUAUUCUUGAC